AUGGUCAAACGAGGGGGUGGCGUAUUUGAUAUGUCAGUUAGAAGGAUCUCACGUAUAAAUAAUCGAAAUAAAAAGCAUCAUCCAAUUAGUUCUGAAAAUUUCAAAGAGUUGCUAGUAGUGCAUUUGCACAUUGAUGUGUGUGAUGCUAUGGGUGCUAAUUGUGCAAGCACGAUCGCCGAAGGCGUGGCACCUCGCCUUUCUGAAUUGACUGGUGGUCGAAUUGGUUUGAGAAUUUUGAGUAAUUUAAGUGUGGAAAGAAUGGCCAAGGCGUCUUUCCGGAUACCAUUAUCUCUGCUCUCUUAUAAAUCAUAUACCGGUAAAGAAGUAGCUGCACGUAUCAUUGAAGCUUACGAAUGGGCCGAAGUCGAUUAUUACAGAGCCAUAACCCACAACAAGGGCAUAAUGAAUGGGAUUGAUGCUGUUGCUUUGGCGACAGGUCAAGACUGGCGUGCUAUUGAAGCAUCAUCCCAUGCUUGGGCUUGCGAUGGAGUAAGAGACGACUAUUCUCAAUCCAAUAAUUAUCGUCCUUUGACAACAUAUUGGAUUGAAAAAGAUGAUCAGUUAGCAGCCUGUGGAAAAGAGGGUGAUGACUGUUUAAUGUUUUGCGGGGAAUUGGAAUUGCCCAUAACAGUUGGUACCGCUGGCGGUGUCAUAAAUACAAAUCCUGUUUAUUUACACAAUAUGGGAAUUAUGGGAAACCCUAACGCCAAAGAACUCUCCAUGAUUAUGGUAUGUAUAGGUCUUGCACAAAAUUUCGCUUCUCUCCGUGCACUGGCUACUGAAGGUAUUCAGCACGGCCAUAUGAAAUUACAUGCCACCAACAUAGCCUUUGCAGCAUUACGUUGCUAUGAGAAUGAAACAAACAGUAGUUGUCCAUCACACGAUAUCACGAGUAUUGCACGAAAAAUGAUAGAGAAGGGUAGUAUAACAUUAGCUACAGCAAAGGAACUCAUAGAAGAAUCUUUGCCUAAACCUCAAAUUUCUCAGU